AUGAGGGAAUUUCCAAGCAUAAGUGGAAGCACAAAUCAGAAGAUAUCAUCAACAGUGGUAGAGUCUAGUAUAAAACCGGCUUCUUUCACUCAUCCAUGGCGUUCACCGGUUCCUUACCUAUUCGGUGGUUUAGCUGCCAUGCUUGGACUCAUCGCCUUUGCUCUCUUGUUACUCGCCUGCUCUUACUGGAAGCUCUUGCGGCAGACAGACAGCGGAGACGUUGUUGGAGACGGUGAGAAACAGAGAGAGUCCGGUGAGAAAGUGGAGGCUAAGAUUUACGAGGAGAAGAUUCUUGUGGUCAUGGCUGGACAAAACAAACCAACCUUCUUGGCUACUCCGGUCGUGGCCAAGACUAGCGUGACGAGAGUGGAGUGUGUAGUCAGUGGCGGGAUUGUUGAAAAUACGGAGAAGAAAGAAGGGCAAAAUGGGGAAUCUAUAGUAACCGAAGGGUCGUCGUUUUCUUCUUCUCAUGAAGAAAACCAGUGA